AUGGGCUCAUACUGGAGUGCUCGUGAGAGUGAUGAAUGCCCCUGCUGUUCAUUCUUUGUGAAAAUCAUAAGAAUGAAAAAUCUGAGAAAGGCAGAUCUGUUUAGCCAGACUGAUUGCUAUGUAAGCCUGUCCUUGCCCACUGCUUCCCCGGGGACUGUCCGGACCAAAACCAUUAAGAACUGCAAAGAUCCAGUAUGGAAUGAAACAUUUUGCUUCAGGAUCCAGAGCCAAGUAAAGAAUAUUCUUGAGAUGAAAGUCUAUGAUGAAAAUGCAGUCACUAAAGAUGACCUCCUCUUCACUGUUCUCUUUGAUGUUUCUAAAAUCCACCUUGGAGAAACUGUUCACUUGAUAUUUCAGCUAAAUCCAAAGACACAGGAGAUCCUAGAGGUGGAAUUUGCAUCAGAGAGCAUUCCAGUCUCUCCUGAAAAGCUUGUGACUAAUGGCGUAUUAGUGUCUCGUGAAAUUUCCUGCUUGGAGGUCCUAGUGGACAACAGAUGGACAAAAAAAGAACUUUCAGAAAAAGACUUCUUAUUUUCAGUGAAGGGAUCAUAUGAGAAGAGCCAGACCCUGUCACUGGGCUCUUUCUGGCAACCUAUGAAGCCCCUGACCUUCCAUUACAUCAAAUACAGUCUGUCAGAACUGUGCAUGGCUCUGGCAGAGAAGAAGCCUCAUUUCUACUCGUGCACUUCAGGUGAAGACAAAAAAGACUGCUAUGCAUCCCUCACUAUUCCUCUGGAUUCACUUCCAUUCAGUGAGAAAGUGGCAGUAGCAAAGGAUGAGACAAUCAAUUUACACAUGAAGUCAAAUGACUGGUCCAGAAAUUUAGAUGUUCGCUUGGAGUUUGACCUAUGUACAGAGGAGAAAAAUUUCCUACAGAAAAGGAAGAAGUUUGUGGCUUCUGCUCUGAAAAAAGCACUACAUUUAGAACAUGACCUACAAGAUCAUGAGGUACCAGUUGUAGCAGUGAUGACAACAGGAGGUGGCACCCGGGCACUGACGUCUCUGUUAGGCAACUUGCUGGGUCUCCAAAAGCUGGGUCUCUUGGAUGCUAUUUCAUACAUCACUGGGUCAUCUGGCUCAACAUGGACUUUGUCACAUUUGUAUCAGAGUGCUGACUGGUCACACAAGGAUCUAUCAAGACUGAUUGGUGAAGUCCGCAGACAUAUGACCAAAUGCAAACUAAGCUGCUUUUCCCUGGAGAGCUUGAAAUACUAUGCAAAGGAACUAAAGCUGCGGAAGCAAGAGGGAUACCAGAUCUCUAGUGUUGAUUUUUGGGGGCUUCUGCUGGAAAAAGCAUUAGAUGAUGGGAAAAAUAAUCACAAACUCUCGGAUGAGCAAGAGGCAUUGAGUCAGGGUCAAAAUCCUCUACCUAUUUACAUGAUCCUCAACAUCAAAGAAGAUUACAGCCUUUCAGAGUUCAAAGAAUGGGUGGAGUUCACCCCUUAUGAAGUUGGGUUCUUAAAAUAUGGUGCCUUCAUUCGUGCAGAGGAUUUUGGCAGUGAGUUCUUCAUGGGACGCUUGAUGAAGAAGCUUCCUGAGUCACGAAUCUGCUUCAUGAAAGGCCUAUGGAGCAAUGUCUUUUCAUACAACCUGCUGGAUGCCUGGCAUUCGUCGGAUCCUACACAAAGGCGCUCACUGAGGUGCACCCAACACAGCAUUGUUGAUAUUGGAGAAGAGCCUUAUCCAUCAGACAGGAGACAUGAGUUGGAGACUUAUUUGGUCACCCCUGAAUGUGGCAUCAUGGGCAUCAUUCGGAGGAUCCUGACAGAGCGGGUGAUGGUUUCAAAGUUCUACAACUUCCUGAAGGGGUUCCAGCUGCACAAUGAAUACCUUCACAGCAAAAACUUCUGUAUAUGGAAAGAUACCGUACUAGAGCAUUUCCCCAACCAGCUGACAGAAACAGCAGAGUUCAUGUGCCUGGCAGACACAGCAGGAUACAUCGACAUUAGUUAUCCACCACUCAUGAGGCCAGAGAGGAAAGUGGAUGUUGUCCUGCACUUAAACUAUUCUUCUGGAUCACAGACCUUGCCUUUGGAAGAAGCCUCCAAAUACUUUCAGAAGCAGGGAAUCCCGUUUCCCAAAAUCCACAUGAGUGAAGAAGAGAAGAAAAAUCUAAAGGAGUGCUACAUCUUUGAAGACACAGAGACCCCAGAGGCACCGACUGUGGUGUUUUUCCCUCUGGUGAAUGACUCCUUCAGAAAAUACAAAGAGCCUGGUGUGGAACGCAGCCCUGCUGAGAUGGCACAGGGCAAUGUGGAUGUUUCCACUAUCUCUUCCCCCUACUGCUUAAACAGCUUUACCUACACAGGGGAGGAGUUUGACAAGCUGAUAGAACUGACCAGCUACAACAUUCAGAACAACCAACAUUUGAUCCUUCAGGCUUUGAAUUCAGCCAUACAGCAGAAACGACAGCACAAAAAAUAA